UAUACCGCGAUAUUUUGGUCGUUUUAAUUUUUUUUAUAUUUUUUAUUUUUUGUUUAUUUACUUUGAAUUAUUUUCUACGUAAAUAUAUUUUUUACAUAAAUUACUUUUGUUUGUUUACUAUAUUGCAUGAAUUGCCUCCUAUUAUGCUACAAGUAUAGUAUGGUAGCAUAAAGUGUUAAAAUGCAGUGUUGUGUACAAUUACUAGACCAUUUGAUGCAUGUACUUGAAAUGCCAUAAUAGUUUUACCUUUUAUUAUUUAAAUUAAAUUGUAAAAAUGUUGAAAUUAAAAAGGCAAAUAUGGUUAUUGUGUAGAUGGUAACAAAUAUUUCAAUUCAAAGAAGUUAAAAUUGGUACAAAAACAAUGCCACGAAAUAUAGAGGAAAUUAGUGAUACUCCACGUACUGGAAGAAAUAAUUAUAGUCACAAAUUUAAUUCAUUUAAUAGUACAGAUAGUGGUUAUCUUAGUUUUAAUACUCAGUCCAGUAAUUAUGGAUUAAGUAAUCGUUCUAAAUCACUACUUUUAUCUUCAAGAAAGUUACCAAGCUUACGGAUUGAACCGUAUCCAUCUAAAUUUAAUCGAAAAUUUAGUAUUUCUGAGUCAAAUGUAUGCAGUUCUGACUCUCAAGAUCAUUUGGAAAAUAUUCAAAGUAAUUCAUCCAUUAAUUUUGCAAAUACUCAAGUAACCUUUAACAAUUUAAAAAUAAAAAAUUCAAAUGGUUCAUAUAGAAUGGAAUUGAGAAGCCAUAGUAAAAAACAAUUUGAAUCAUUAACUUCUUUUGUUGCAGUAACAUCUUGUAAACGUAGUUUGCAUGAUGUUUUACCUUUGUCACCUUUACCUACAUUACCAUCACCACCAUUUGUAUAUGAACCCAGAAAUAAUGAUACAGAAAUAAAACUAGUCAUACCACAAAGCACGCCUUGCUUUGUUAGUUCACCAAAAUUACCUACUCCAUUACAUAACAUUGCUUUCUCUCCUAUAAGUUAUAAACCUAGUCCUUUUAUAAACACUGUAAACAGUAAAAAGUUUAGUAAUUUGUCUAUAUCAGAAUAUACUUUUAUAAACACAAAAAGUAGACCGAAAAGACUAGAUUUUAGUAAGCGAGCUAUUUUUGAAAGCUUCCAAAAACAUAGAUCAACUGAUGAUUAUACUGGCAAAGAAACUAUAGAUAUUUUUAAACUUCUUGGUGAAAAAAGUAAUCAUCCAAGGAUAGUUUCUAAAAUUUUAAGUUAUUUAAGUCCGCAAGAUCUUUGUUCUAUAAGUAUGGUAUCAAAAUCAUGGCAGAAAAUAUGUAGCAAUGAUUCAAAAGCUCAAGAGAGAAGACUGAAAUAUAUAAUAAUCAGACAAUGCUCCAAAGAAAAUUUGGUAUCAUUAAAUAAAUACAAAUUUCAAGAAGAUGUUCAAAUAAGUCCUCGAACUAGAUUUCCAAAAAGAGGAUUUUUAACUGCUGUACCUACGAAUAUGUUACAGGCACCAAAAAUUCAUUUAACACCAAGUAGUCCACCAGUUUCUCCAAGCAAGGUUAUAUUUCAUUCAUUUAUCAAGGCGGGACGAAGUCUGGCACCUCGAGAUCAAUUGGUACCAUGUCCACAAUGUAAAUUUGCCUGCCGCGUUGAAAAUAAAAAAAAUGUGGGUAUUUGUUCACGCCAAAGCUGUCCAAUGGAGGAAUUCUGUGUAUUUUGCUCAUCAAAGUUGCAUGUUGGUGAACCCUGUAAAAUGCCGCUUCUGGCAACACCUACAAAACGUGGAAAACAACAACAACCUAUCGUUGGGACCAGGCAGUGUAAAAGGAACUUACGCCGAAUAUCACGCCUUAUUUGAUGUAUCGGUUGUUUCUUUGUGUGCCAUGUUUAUACAUCUUAACUUAUGUAUUAUUUUAUUUAUUUAAUUUAUUUAUUUUUC